AAUUGAAUUUUAUUUCGUUCCGUUCGCAACUUGUCGCGGCGCCCUUUUGUAACCGGCUUUUCUAAAUUAUCUCUUUGUUUUAACGUGUGACAUUAUUGUUUUCGGAGUAUAUAAUUAGAAAGCUGUUCAUUAUGGAUACCAACGGUGUGUCGACCCCCGAGGACGCUGAGAUGCCGGAGUGCGACGGCGAGAAAGUCGUAACAAUGAUGGACGUUCUCCAGGAACAACAGGACUUCGAAGACGAUGCCAACGCCGUCCUCGGGGCCUCCGAUGAUAAAGAGUGCACUUACUCGAAGGGCUACAUCAAGAGGCAGGCUAUUUAUGCUUGCUUGACUUGCUGCAGCGAGGCCAAGGCCGACCCGGCGAAGAGAGCAGGCGUGUGCCUCGCCUGCAGCCUCAACUGCCACGAGGGCCACGAGCUGGUGGAGCUCUACACCAAGAGGAACUUCCGCUGCGACUGCGGCAACCCCCACUUCAACUCACACCCCUGCCAGUACACCCCCAGCAAGACCCAACUCAACAAUGACAAUAACUACAACCAAAACUUCAGUGGCCUUUACUGCACCUGCCACCGGCCCUACCCUGACCCUGACAACCCCGUGGAGGAUGAGAUGAUCCAGUGCAUCAUGUGUGAAGACUGGCUUCACUCUUCCCACUUAGAGGCAACUGUACCUGGUAGUGAUCAAUUUUCUGAAAUGAUCUGCAAACUCUGUAUGGAAAAGAAUGAUUUCCUUCAUGACUAUACUGGUUUUUCUGUUAAUAUCUUGGAAAAUGAAGAUGUUGAUGUAACCAAUGAUAGUAUUAUAAAAGAUUCCAGUUUUCUGAAUGGUGAUUCCACUCAAGAUGAAGGAAACAAUGACAGUAUUGUAGGAGAUGUAAAUUCUGAAGCCAAACCAGAUGAACAGCCUGUAGCAAAGGAAGAUGUUACCCCUGAUACAGAAUGUGAAAGAACUGAAAAAGAAGAGACUGGAUCUGAACAAAAUAAUGAAUUGGCACCAGAAAAAGACAAAACAGAUGAAGAAUCUGUAGAAUCUAAAUCAGAAACAGAGAAGUCAUUACCAGAACAAGAUAAAAUAGUAUCUGAAAAUAAAGAUGUCCCAUCUUUAGCUUCUGAUAGUAUUGAGUCUGCUAGUUCAGAAUCUAAAACACUGUUAGAUACAGAACCUCAAAAGCCUGAUGAGAUUGAUAAUCAGAAGGAGAAUAUUCAUGAAAAAAGUGUUUCAGAUGAGUCUAAAAUCAAUGAGAUAUCAACAGCUGCAAACACUGAUGAAGCAAAUUCUGAAAAAGGGCCUGGUGGUGAUGCUGAUCCAUCGGAGGAUAAUAAAGAGAUUGAUGCUAUUGAUAAACUUCUUGCAGAAGGUGAUGAAACACCUGAGUCCAUAAAUACUGAAGUAAAACCAGUAGAAAACACAGAAGAGCAAAAGGUGGAAACCAACACUGAGACUGUUACUGAAAAAGUUGAAAGCUCUACUGGUGUAGAAAGUGAUAAAAAGACUGAGGUAUCUGAUGUAAACAAUGAAGUCAAAAUUGAUGAGGCCCCCAGCAGUACUGAAGAUGCUGACAAGAAAGAAGCUGAAGUUGAUGUGAGUAUUACAGACAAAACCACAGCUGAUGUAGAAAUGGCUGCUGAGAAUACUAAUGGUGCUUCAGAAGAUAUUUCCGACAUGUCAGUAACUCUAGAAAAUUGUGUCAAUGAAAAUAAGGAGAACAAACGAAAACUAUCAACUGAAGAAAUACAGGAGGAAUCUGAAAUUAAAAAGCCAAAACUAGACGACAAUAAGGCAUGUGUUCGGCCCAAGGGUGUGAAGAGAAUAUUUAAAGGUGCAACAUUCUGGCCAUCAGCCUUCCGCCAGAAACUCUGCGCUUGCAGUGAAUGUCUCACCAUGUACAAAGACCUGUCUGUGCUGUAUUUAAUAGAUCCAGAAGAUACAGUUAGUGCUUACGAAGCUUUGGGUAAGGAAAAAACAAAUGGGAAAGCCACACAGUACGAGAAAGGCUUAGAAGCUCUGUCUUCAUUGGACAGGAUUCAGCAGAUAAAUGCUUUGACGGAGUACAACAACAUGCGGGACAAACUGCUGGAUUUCCUGAAGAGCUUCAAGGACCGCAAGGAGGUGGUGAAGGAGGAGGAUAUCAAGGCAUUCUUCGCGGGCAUCAAGCCCAAGAGAGAGGAUGAUGGGGUUUACUUCUGCCGAUAAACAAUUUUAGACGUUUGAAUUUUUUAAUGACUGCAUUCCCUAUGCGUAACCUUGUAUGUCUUUUUAUGUGUAACCAUGAUGUACCUAUCUAGCGUACGGUAACUACUAGCGGUGAUUAUUAAUUGUAAUGUUAAGUGAUAAUUUGAAGUAGUACCUAAAUACAUUGAUUUUAAUUUUA